AUGGUCAGAGUAUCCGUCGACGAUAUCGUCCUCGCCGAAUCUGAGAACACUGUCGUAGUCGAGGGUAAUCAUUACUUUCCUCCUGCUGAUGUGAAGCUUGCACUCUUCUUUCCUUCGGACACAACCACGGUUUGUCCGUGGAAGGGAACGGCGUCCUACUAUAGUGUGAAUAUUAAUGGUAGGAACAUUCAGGACGUUGCUUGGUUCUACCCAGCCACGAAGGAAAAGGCGAAGAAUAUUGAAGGAUACAUCGCUUUUUACAAGAAUAAAGUGCAAAUUACAGAAUAA